CGAGCUCGGCUUCCGCAGCUGCAACCUCCGGCUGCACCUCGCCCGCUCGUUUGCGCUGCUCACGGGCUGCGCGCUGUCGGCUCCUCGCUCCCGCGCCCAAGAACCUCCGACUCGCCGCUCCCGCCGGCCGCACGACGCCGCGCCCCGUCCGGUUGCGCCCCGUGGCACCUCCGUCGGCUGCGCCAGCAUCCAAAGACCUCCUCUUCUUCGACCGGCGGCUCCGACGCGCUGCUCAUGGCCGGCUCCGCCCCCGCGCUGCUCAUCUCCAUCCAGCUUCGGUAUCACCCAGGUCCGGCACAUUCGUUGCCCGCGACCUCCUUCUCGACCGGCUGCGCGUGUCACUCGGCCGCCCGCGCAACCACGCCUCGCCGCCUCGUGCUCCACCUGCGCGCCUUGCACCAACCGUCAGAGGCUAUUAGCCAUCCCGCGCGCACACGCAGAAAAUCCACCGCUCACAUCCGACCGCAUCAGCCCAGCUCCCUGCCAGCAGCCACUGCGCGCACAAGCCACCAGGCAACCACAGCUCGCCCCAAUUUCUGCUCGUGCGAGCAACCGGCACCACUUCGUUUCCGCUCAGAUUCGUGCCCCGCUCAGAUUCGUGCCCCACUUGGCUGCUCCUACUCCGCACGCCUCCACAUCUCCCCCUCACACGGAUCUGCCACGGAUCCACCUCUUCUUCUCUCCUUCUUCGCCUUCUUCUUUCUCCCCGCGCGAGCAGCCGCCGAUCUCACACAACUCACAUCGCUGUGUGAGAUAGCCGCAACCCACGCAGAGCACCUGAUGCGGCCUCCCGCCGCCUGGAUUUCUACAUCUCAAUGGUGGUUUUUUAUGAUCAAAGGAAGAACUUGUUUGGUACUGUUUGUGGCGGCUAGCAGGAAGGAAACCUAGGCUCUGAUACCAUGUAGAGUUUCAGCGAAUGGGUGGGUUAGGUCACUCAGACCACCACACUCUGUAUUUAUAUCAUCUGAUCUAGGGUCACUUUGCUACUUGCUACUACAGUGCUACUACUACUAGACUCAUGGUUCAACAACCAUUCUCUUUUUUACUUUGGCAAUUUUUGCGCCAUGUGUUGUUAUUUUUUCUCUAGGGCAAGGAGGAGAUGCUAGCUGGAACCAGUAUCUGCACAAUAUACUUGGAAGCUGGAUGAGCCAGGGACGACAGGGACAUGUCUUUGUCUCACCAGCUAGCUUGUUGGUUCUCCUUUUUUGCUGAUAUCUAUCAGUUACCAAUGGACAAGGAGGACGCAAUCUGGACCAGUAGCUGCACUACUUGGAAUCUGGAGGACCCAAGGACAACUGAGACAUACUCCAUGCCUUUGCUUGCUGCUUCUACUUGGCUCCUGAUGAUCUGCAGUUGCGCAAUGCUUGCGAUCGAGAGCAAUGGCGUCUCCUCAGUCUCAGCGCAAGACAUCGUGGCCAGAGGUGGUGGGCAUGGCUGCGACGCGGGCGGUGAUGAAGAUCAUGACGGACAGGCCUGACCUCUCCGUGGAGGUGCUCCCGCCGGGCACCCAGCUUCUCCCCGGUUCCAACCCGGGGCGCGUUCGCGUCUUCAUCGAUGCGCUCGGCGCCGUCUCCAAGACCCCCGUUAUCGGAUAGCCUUAUCUAGCUAGCCACGAUCACGAAUGAAUGUCUGAGUGCAGCGUGUAAUGCAAAUUAUAGUCACGUGAUCGAUUUCUCCCUGUUUGAUUGACUAUUAUAUGUACCUCUACCUGUGUGGUGUAUCCUGGAAUAAGCAAUGAAGUUAUUCAGUA